CCGCUGUCCGCCAUGGCGGAGGAUCUGGAGCUGGAAAGGAAGGCAGUGGAAGAACUUUUAAAGGAAGCCAAGCGUGGAAAAACCAGAGCAGAAACUAUGGGGGCUAUGGGCUGGAUGAAGUGCCCUCUAGCCAGCACAAACAAAAGAUUUCUGAUCAAUACUAUUAAGAACACAUUACAGUCCGCAAAAGAGCCAGACCAGGAGGAGGACCAUAAGGAAGAUGACAAGCAAUCCGAGCCAAGCCUGAGUAGGGAAGAAACAAAACCAAAGAGACAGAGAAUGCACCCUUACACACCUAGUUUUCGGGCUAGGAGAAGAACCAGCUAUUCGCCUCCUAGACGUCAGACUGGGAACCGGCACACACAGGAGAAGUAUGAAAAGCAGUCAAGCAAAUGAUGAAUAUGUACCAUGUUAAGGCAGGGAUGU